AGCUGAAGGGAAGUCACGAAACAAAGACCUUAACAUUCAUGGUCAACGGAUUUCUUUGUUUUUAUAUGUUCGUGACUGUGUAGCAUCAUCUUCUCCUUCUGUUUCUCCUUUAUCGUCAGUUCCUUUGUUUUCUGAGACAACCAAAGUUCACUGCGUUUCGAGCUGCAUCUGUUCACUGUUACGGCGGAGCUUCGAUCUCACCUACUGGAGCUCUGGAGUCAUGGCGGAUCUCUUCACCGGAGCCUUAGCCGGAGCGGUGAUGGGAGAAAUGGUGAAACGCGCUCUCCAAACCAUAGAAAACGGUCGAAAAUUCGGACCCACUCUUGAAACCAACACACAAACCCUAACCGCUCUGGCUCCGUUGGUGGAAGAGAUGAUGAGGUACAACGAGGAGCUAGAUCGUCCCAGAGAAGAAAUCGAGCCUCUUCUGAGUCACAUUCGCGAAGGUGAAGAGCUCGUGCGCCACAGCAAGAAGCUUAGUCUAUGGCGGUUUUUCUCGCUCUCCAGUUACCAGAGCAAGCUUCAGCGCAGUGACGAGAAGCUGAAGAGGCACUUGUCUGUUAACACGCAAGUGGAGAGUAAGAGGGAUUUGAUGGAGAUCUUGUUGAAGGUUAAAGAAAUUCUUGAGAUUCUGGAGAGGAAGGAGGGUUUGGGUGGGAAGUGUCAGAUUAGGGGUUUGAGUGGGGCUCCUGUGGAACCCAAGUGUUUGGGGAUGGAUGAGCCUUUGAACAAGUUGAAGAUGGAGCUGCUCAAGGAUGGUGUCUCUGUUCUUGUAUUGACUGCUUUGGGUGGUUCAGGCAAAACCACUCUAGCUAAGAAGCUCUGUUGGGAUCCUCAAAUCAAAGGCAAGUUUGGGGGGAAUAUCUUCUUUAUCACAGUCUCUAGAAUGCCCAACCUGAAGACCAUUGUACAGACGCUAUUUGAACAUUGUGGAUGUCGGGUGCCUGAGUUCCAGAAUGAUGAAGAUGCAAUUAACCGAUUGGGGCUUCUGCUGAGGCUGGUUGGGAGAAAUCCAACACUUUUAGUCUUGGAUGAUGUUUGGCCUAGCUCAGAAGGCCUUGUUGAGAAGUUUAAGUUCCAUAUGUCAGAUUACAAGAUUUUGGUGACUUCAAGGGUUGCCUUUCGAAGAUUUGGCACCCCAUGCCAGUUGGAUCCACUUUGCCAUGAUCACGCAAUAUCCCUUUUUCAUCACUUUGCUCAACUGAAUGACAACAACUCAUACAUACCUGAUGAAAAUCUUGUCCAUGAGAUAGUGAAAGGUUGUAAGGGUUCACCGUUGGCACUUCAGGUUAUUGCUGGGUCACUCUGCCGGCAACCUUUUGAGGUUUGGCAUAAUAUGAAGGACCGUUUACAAAGUCAAUCCAUUCUUGAGUCUGGUGAUACUGACUUACUUCGUCGCCUUCAACAAAGUUUAGAUAUAUUGGAGGAGAAGUUCAAUAUCAACGAGAAGGAGUGCUUCAUGGAUCUAGGGCUAUUUCCUGAAGACCAAAGGAUCCCUGUUACUGCCCUUAUUGAUAUGUGGGCAGAACUCUAUAACCUAGAUGAAGAUGGUAGGAAUGCAAUGACCAUUGUACAUGAUUUAACCUCCAGGAAUUUGAUUAAUUUCAUAGUUACAAGGAAAGUUGCAAGUGACGCAGGCGUGUGCUACAAUAACCACUUUGUCAUGCUGCAUGAUCUCCUCAGGGAGCUGGCAAUCCACCAAAGUAAAGGGGAGCCAUUUGAACAGAGAAAAAGACUGAUUAUCGACUUAAAUGGAGAUAAUCGUCCUGAAUGGUGGGUAGGACAGAAUCAACAAGGAUUCAUUGGCCGUUUGUUUUCAUUCUUGCCAAGAAUGUUGGUGAAACAGAAACAGCUUAGUGUUGCCGCCCGCAUAUUGUCUAUAUCAACUGAUGAAAAUUUUACUUCGGAUUGGUGUGACUUGCGACCUGAUGAAACUGAGGUUCUGAUUUUAAAUCUUUGCUCGAGCCAGUACUCACUACCGGAGUUUACAGAGAAAAUGAGCAAAUUGAAAGCUCUGAUAGUUACAAACUAUGGUUUUCACCGAUCUGAAUUAAACAAGAUUGAGCUACUUGGUGUUUUGUCCAACCUGAAAAGAAUCAGAUUGGAAAAGGUCUCUAUCCCUCGCCUGUGCAUAUUGAAGAACCUGAGAAAAAUGUCCCUUUACAUGUGUAAUACAAAACAGGCUUUUGAAAGUUGUUCUAUCCAAAUUUCUGAUGCUAUGCCAAAUCUAGUGGAGUUGAGCAUUGACUAUUGCAGUGAUUUGGUGAAAUUGCCUGAUGAUCUCUGUAAUAUUACCCCAUUGAAGAAGCUCAGUAUCACUAACUGCCACAAGCUAAGUGCACUGCCACAAGAAAUUGCAAAGCUGGAGAAUUUGGAAGUGCUAAGGCUUUGUUCCUGCUCUGAUUUAGUAGAGAUGCCGGACUCUGUUGGAGGUCUUAAGAAGUUACGAUGUCUCGACAUCUCAGAUUGUAUUAAUCUUCCCAAGUUACCAGAUGACAUUGGUGACCUGCAAAAGCUUGAGAAGCUUUACAUGAAGAGUUGCUCAAACUUGAGUAGAUUGCCAUCUUCUGUCUCCAAUUUUCAGCAAUUAAAUGUGAUAUGCGACGAAGAAAGGGCUGCCUUAUGGGAAAAUAUCCCUAGCAUUCCCAAUUUGAAGAUAGAGAUGCCUGCAGUAGAUGUCAACUUGAACUGGCUCCAUGGAGUUCGUUCGUGAGACUUGCUUCAUGAAUUUGAUGAAGUGACUUGGAAUCGUGUUCAAGUUUGUAAACAAUGUUGCUGCGCAUUUGUUUAACUCUUCACCUUAACCUAUUCCAUGUAACUGUAGUAAAAAAAAGUAGGAGUUUAUGUUGGACCAUAUUAUAUAUGUAAUACAUUAAUUAUUGAUGCUUGAAAUAACAUUUUUAUUUUAGUGUGCUCA